GAUUCCACACAACCUACCCCGUAAAUUCUGCUGACUGUCAUCCUGCUUCUUCUACCUUUUCGCCGUCCAUCUGUAUCUACUGAGUCCCUAUCUAUGCACUUUGUUAUCUUCUUCGACAGUUGUCCUACGUUAUGUUCUUAUUUGUUGAGAUUUUUUUUCUGCCAUUGCUAUGUCCUAUUAAGCUAUGGAUGAUGACUAUUAUCUAUUUCCCCUUCUCGAUUUUCAUAAACCAUGGUACUUUUUACAACUAUUGCUUACUCAGGCAGCUAUGGCUAUCGCUUUACAGGUGUUCAAUUUUCCCCAAUUUUGAUCGGAGACAUGGGUGUUCAUGUGAAUCCAAUCAAGAGUCUAUGCCCUGGGAAAAAUUUCUUCAAAAUUAGGACUAGAGUUAUCCGGAUGUGGGAAGUAUCCCCUGUGAAUGAUCCCUUGAGUCCCUUUGCCCUGCACAUUGUUCUAAUUGAUGAUGAGGGUAAAAAAAUUGAAGCAAUUGCACGCAAGCCUUUGAUGUCCAAAUUCAGGAACGAGCUAUGUGAAGGCAAAGUUUACAGGAUAUGGUACUUUUCUGUUUUGUCCAAUAGUGGCAAUUUCAUGGCUUCUGAUCAUGAGUACAAGCUUAUUUUCAAUGAAAGAACUAAGGUGGUGCUCGAAGAAGCCCCUGGCAUACCACUGAAUGUGUAUUCCUUCAAGAAUACAGAUGAAAUAUUAGCUACUGGUGGUGAUUAUGAUUAUCUGAUUGAUGUGAUUGGAUUAGUCACCAAUGUAUCAAGGGAGAAGCAAUAUGCCAAGGCUGGGAAGGUUACUCGAAUGAUAGAGCUGGAGCUUACAGAUGAUAAGGGCAAGAUUAACUGUGCUUUAUUUGGGAACUAUGUUGAUGUUGUAAAACAUUAUGUUGCUACCGAUGGUCUGCGUAUGCCUGUUUUGAUUCUUCAAUUUGCGAAGAUUAAGACAUUCAAGGGUGAUGUUGUAAUUCAGAAUGUUAUGAAUGCAACUAUUCUACUCUGGAAUCCUGAUACACCUGAGGCUGUUUGCUUCCGCGAUGGUUUGGCUCUUCACGGAAUUGAUGCUGAUAUGCCUCUAGCUGAAAUUGAUGAUGAUGAUGAUGAGGUACGAGUGAUCACUCUAGAGGAAGAGUUUUUAAAGUUGUAUCCUAGGAAAAACAUCAGUGAACUUAAUGACACUACUGAGGAUGGAAUUUUCAUUGUGAUGGCAAAAAUCUGUGGUCUGGUUGAAGGGGACAAGUGGUGGUAUUCUGCAUGUAGUUGUCACAAGGCAGUAACAGUUGAAGAUGGAUUGUUUCACUGUGUUGGCUGUUCCAAGUUUGUUCUAAGUGUGACUCCUAGAUUUAGAAUCAAGUUAGAAGUUGGUGAUGGUAGUGGUUGCGGUGUAUUUGUUGUUUUUGACACUGAUUGCCAACAACUGCAGAACAAAACCUGCAAGGAACUCACCAUGGCUUCCAAACUGAAUGGAAAGUCCUCAAAUGAGUAUCCAAAUGAGAUCAAGUCUAUCAUUGGCAGACAAAUGUUAUUUAAGGUUCAAAAGUCAAGCAACCAUGACUCUACAUUUGAUGAUUCAUACAGAGUUAAGAAGAUAUGUACUGACAUUAAUGUGGUUGAGACUUUUAAAGAUAAUUCCAAAGUUCAAACUCCCACUAAGAUGAUCAGCAGCCCCAAAUUCCCUAUAGUGUCUGCUGGUGGCCCAAGCAACAGUGGAGAUGAUAGGAUUAGGGGAAAGCCUAUUGUAACAAAGGUAUAUCAGAGAAGGCAGAAUAAGUAAAUCUAGGGACUAAAGUAGAAUAAUAAAGUCUCUAAGGACUAGUUGUAUUUUCAGGAAGUCUUAGCUAUAAAUAGCUAAGCUGUUAUGUUAGGAGUUAGUUUUUGGUUAGUUGGGAAUUUGUAACUGAAUACUGGUAUUCAGUUAGAUGUGAGAGAAACUGGUUUCUCUCUCCCUCUGUAUCGUUCUCUUUCUUCCAUUCUAUGCAAUACAACUCAGCUUUCAUGGA